AUUAAAGCAAAGAAAAAAAAAUAUAAAGAAAUUAAAGAAGCUUUAGUAUCUGAAAUUAAAGAAACUUCAGUAUCUAAUAAACUUCAGGAUAUAUCUAUGCCAAAAGAUUUGCUUGGACAAACAAUUGAUUAUGAGAAUACUAACAAUUACCAACCUUUGUAUAAACUAUUAGUUGAAGUUUUAGAUGGCUUUGAUAUAGAUGCCUUAAUGGAUAGUAAAAAAUCUAAUAUUACAGAAAUUUCAUUAAAUGAGGUGCUAGAAAAUAGUAAUGAAUCUGACUUUACUAAUAUUGAUGUGUUAGAAUAUAUAACUUCUAAUUUUAAAGCUAGUUUCAAUAAUUUUAUUAAAUAUGUACUUCAAGAAAUCAAGAGAUUAAAAAAUGGUCUUGUUAUUGAAACUUUAAUUGGAGAUGCAUGGGUUGUAGGUAAAGUUAGAUAUAUCACUGCUAAUCUACUGCAAGAAAAUGACCUGGCAGAUGUAAAGUGA